GGAGAAGUUGCCUAGCUGGUGUUUUCUUAACCUUUAACUUUUCAUAACGACCAUGAGGACCUCUGGAACAUUUGUCUGCCUAUUUAAUGGUCCAGCUUUCUGUUUGUUGUUGUGGAUAAUACAGCAUGCAGCGGAAUCACUUCUGCUUUCAGCUCCAGAGGUGGUAAAAGCAACAAACAGAGGGUCUGUAACGGUGCCUUGUCAGUAUGACCUUCAGUACAAAGAAAACACAAAGUACUGGUGCAAAGGAAAGAUAUAUGAGUUUUGCAGGAUAGUGGUAAAGACACCAAAGAAGCGUUCUACCAACAGAACCUUCAUUGCUGAUGAUAAGGAAGCCGGAGUGUUCAGUGUGACUAUGACAUCUAUCAGACAAAGUGACAAAGAUAAGUACUGGUGUGUCAUCGCGACUUCUGGAAGAAAUAUCUUUACUGGUGUCAGCCUCCUCGUCUCCCAAGCAGUGACAACCCCAACCACCAGCACACAAAUUACUCCAAUUCAAGAUGAAAAAAGUUCGUGGGUGACUCUACGUUGGAUUCUCUUUAUUUUGAUGCUGUGUUGUUUGGCAUCAACACAUAUCGCUGUAUGGAGAAUAAAGACUGCAAGGAAAAUAUGACUAUGACAACCAUUUUGCCCUCAGAACUUAUACAUUAAUAGAUUAAGUCUUACACUGUCAUCAUUUUCAAAAGGAAACAUGGGUAAAUUGGUAUUAACAAAAUCUUACUAAAACAAUUCUUCCAGUGGAUGUUCAUUCAAUGUGUGACCUGAGCUGAAAAUAAACCAAAUGAAAAA